GCGCUCAAAGGCGGCGGGGCGGCCCCGCCCGCCCGCCAUGGACCGUGAGGAGCGCGCAGAGGCGGCGGCCGAGCAGCUGCGGCUGUACCGGCGGGACCCCGGCGGCUGGAGGGGCUGCCGGAGCACGGGCGAGGUCGCGGUGUCCUGGAGACCCUCGGCGGAGUUCGCUGGUAACCUGUACAGGGGAGAGGGGAUCCUGCCCGCCAGCCCGCGGGAUGUCUGGGAAUGCAUCAAGCCGGUGGCCGGCGGGCUCAGGACCAAGUGGGACCAAAACGUGAAGGAUUUCGAGGUCAUCGAAGCCCUCACCGAUACUAUCUCUGUAUGCAGAACCACAACCCCUUCAGCUUUCAUGAGGAUUAUUUCACCAAGAGAAUUUGUGGAUGUGGUAGUAAUGAAGCAAUAUGAAGAUGGGACAUUGCUAUCUGCUGCCACCAACGUGGAACACCCACUGUGUCCACCUCGACCAAAUUUUGUGAGAGGUUUUAAUUACCCUUGUGGCUGUCUCUGUAUACCUGUUCCAGGGGAACCAGACAGGACUCAGCUCCUCACUUUCUUUCAGACGGAUCUUGGUGGCUACCUUCCCCAGACAGUGGUGGAUUCCUUUUUUCCAUCUAGCAUAUCUGGAUUUUACAGUAACCUGACCAAAGCUGUUAAGACAUUAAAAGCAUGACAAGAUGAGUUGCUGACAUCACCAGCUGAGAGUAGGAAAAAAAAACUGGCAGCUCGAGGGUAAAAGUAGGAAGUUGACCUCAGGACUUUUCAGUCAGCAAAGAUACUUAAGAAAGGUGACAUGAAACAAUGAACUGAGUAAAAUAAUUUUUUAAAAUAGCAUUUUGUACCUGUCUCCGUGCAGAACAAUGCAUUCUUUUCUAAUACAAAAUUCUUCACUUUUAGAAAAAUAUCCCACCAGAGGCUGGAAGAAUCCUGGAGACAGCAGUGGUGGCUGUCUCCAGGGAGAAGAUGCACAUGCUGGAUCUGUUCUUGGCCACACUUUGUCAAUGUGUGUGAAGGGGAGCGUUGUUAAAACCCACUUAGUACCACAGGGUUAGCCAGGUGUGGGUCAGCUCUGUUUGGUCUCUGAAACCCUGUAGAUUCCUGUGGAACAGUGUUUCUUCCCCAAAAGAAGAACUUGUAGAGCUGCUGAGAUGUAUCAGUGGGUCUAAGCUAGGAAAUGGUAAAAAGCCAAAAUUUGAUUGUGUGGAGGAUUCCGCUUGUUUGUUCCAGCAGAUGUCAGCAGUGAUGGUAAAUAUGCCUUAAGUGCUGUUUUGUAAGUCAGGGUGCAGCAGUGCAAAUCAAUUCAUAGGUCUGUGGGCUGGCAAAUCGACACUCUUCCUUUCCCCUCUCUGUACCAAAACCAGUGAUUUCCCCUGUGUCAUUAAACAAACUGAAUUGACACAGUGGCAAUAAAUAAAGAGGAUUAAGCACUUUACUUGCCAUUUCUUAAACUGCACUUGAAAUGACCCUUUUGAACUGUGCUUGAAUGUUUUUUGGUCUCCUGUGGGGAAAGAUUUUAACGGGUAAAUAAUCUUGUUUUGUAGCUUUGUCUUGACAGACCAUAAGGACAUUGCUUUUCUCUAAGACUGGUUUGCCUCAGCAUUAUCUUUGGAAACUAGCACCUGAUUUUGUGUGCAAUGUUGUGUCCAUCUUUAGGAAAUAUCUAUGGCAUUGCUUACUACAGGAAUGUCAGACAUUACUGUAGGUUACAUAUAAUUACAAAAUAAAAAUAAUUGCUGAAUUAGGAAUUUAAAUGCAGGUUGUGAUUUUAAUGCAGUAACUCAAUUAUUUAAUAAGGUUAAUAUGCGCUGCUUUCUGUCCCUGUAUUUUUUUAUAUUUAUUAUAGGGCAUGGACUUGCACACAAAGCUUCCCAUUGUAAAUCUUACCCCAUGGAAUAGUUUUUUAAGGAAACAAUUUUUAGUCUAGUCCCCUUUAUAUACAAAGAUGUAAAAACUUGUGUGAGUGUGAUGAAAUAAAUAUUUUUUCUGCUACA